CAACACGUAGAGACACACUUCUCUGGACCCCAAACGCUUUCAACUGCUGGAUCUUUCUCUUGCUUUGGUGUGUGUUGAACAGUAAAGCACCCUGAAGCACCAUGACAGGGUGGUGUACCACACGCUGCUUGGAGCUGAUAUCUGUCUUCCACUGACAAUCCAUCUGAAAAACAAUUAUGUGUCAGUCGGCGGUGCCAGCGGCCAGACUGGGCCUGAACAGUGCUGACCCGCUGGUGAGAGAGGCUUUUCUGAUGGCUCGUGACUACAUAGACUAUGUAACCACAGGGGGGGCCGAUGGCACCAUGGGUCCUGCCCCCACAUCCUGCUCCAGAGCGCUGCGCCAUGCUGGAGACGAGCUCCUCACCCGCUUCCCCAUCUUCUUCAGACGCUGGCCUCGAGUCUUCCAGGAUGUGACGGAGAAAACAGCCUGCCCCACGCUCUUGAGCAUCCUGGACGAGCACUUCUUCGCCCCGGUGCCUGGGGGGAGGCGCAGGGAGCUGGCCUGGAGCGCAGUGCUCUCAGUGUAUGUGCUGGCAGGCCAGAUGGCUCUACAUUGCCAUGAAAGGGGCAUGGUGGUGGUCCUGCCUCAGCUGAAGGAGUGUGUGGGGGCGUAUGUGGAGAGAGUCGUCUGCCCUGAGAUACGAGAUGGCGGAGGAUGGGUAAAAUAAUACAAGCGGAUUAUUUAAACUUCAUGUAGAGUUGGGUGAGGUACUUAUCCAUAAUAGCACAGAGGCCAUGU